AUGCCUCGACCCGAAGAAGACCAUACUCCCUCCUCAUCGUCAUCGGCACAAGCUUCACGGGAAGAAGGAGUGAUUUUUUCAAAUGUUGUAACGAAAGGCUCUACUCAACAGCCCAUUAUUAAUACACAAAUUGCUUUUAAAGAUAAUGAAACAGCUGUGGAAGCUGAGCCUAAAAAGAUUACUCAAAAUGUUGAUCAAUAUUUCAGAGAAGUGCAAGAGAAGGACGAAUUUGAAAUUGCGGAAGAGCAUCAACAAGCAUGCCCGGAAGAGACAGCAAACAUUUUCUCUCGGAUAUCAUUUUGGUGGUUUAAUGGUUUAAUGAAAACUGGAUACUCAAAGGUACUUCAAAUGUCUGACCUUCACAAAUUGAGAAAGGAAGAAGAAGCUGGUAAUCUUUCUGCAGAGUUUCAUAAGAAUUGGGAAAGAGAAGCUGAUAAGGUUCGUGACAGAUCCAAUCUUGAGGGUCAUGAAUUAGGCGAACAAGCCAAAACGAAAAAACAAUCCAAACCAAGUUUAUUAUAUGCCAUUCACAAAACGUACGGCCCACGAUUCUAUAUGGCAGGUUUAUUGAAAAUUGUUUAUGACAUUUCACAAUUGGUAAGCCCUUUGGUGGUUAAGUCUAUCAUUGGUUCCAUUCGUGAUGCUGGUGAGGUCCCUUGGUUUCAGCCUUAUUUACUAGUGUUGGCACUAUUUUUGUUGCAGACACUUGGUACAUUAUUUAUCCAACAAUAUUUCCAUAUUGUCAUGACACAAGGAAUGCGUCUAAAGACUGGUUUGAGUGCAGCUAUUUAUAAGAAGAGUUUGAAAUUGAGUAACGCUGCCAAACUAAAAUUGAACUCGGGUGAUGUCAUUAACUUUAUGGCCAUUGACUCUAACAAAUUGUGUGGACUUGUGACUUAUCUUCACAUGGUGUGGAGUGGAGUUUUCCAAAUUGCAGUUUGCUUAAUCAUGCUAUUUUCUCUGAUUGGAUGGUCUACUAUUGCCGGUUUUGCUAUCAUUAUUGUUGUGAUUCCAUUGAACGGACUCAUUGCAAGAGUAGUAGCACGUAUCCGUAAAGUGUUACUCAAAUUUACAGGAGAACGUAUCAAGAUGGUCAACGAAGUCAUUCAAGGCAUUAGAAUUAUUAAAUUCUAUGCUUGGGAGUUAUCAUUUAUCAAGAAGAUUAUGGAAAUCAGAAAUAAGGAAAUUUGGAAAGUGACUCAAACAGCUCUCAUUGGUAUUGCGACUUCCAUGCUCAUGUCAAUGGCACCACUUUUUGUCGGUAUUGUCACAUUUGCGAUUUAUGCCGCAACAGGAAAUAUUUUGGACGCAGAAGUUAUCUUCCCAUCUCUCUCGUACUUCAAUUUGAUUCGAUUCCCAACUACUUUCCUUCCAAGCAUUUUGGCACUUUUGGCAGAAGCAAGAGUUUCUUUGGACAGAAUUCAAAACUAUCUUCUCGCUGAAGAGACUGAAGAGACGCCUGUUGGAACCGAUUCUGAAUAUCCUGUUAUUGUUGAAAAUGGUAAUUUUGUUUGGAAGGGAGCUCAAGCAGCAGCUGCCGCAAAAGCAGGAGCAAAUCAAGGAGCCAAAAAACCAGCUGAGAGCAAGACUGCAAAAUUGUUGUCACUCUUUAAGAAGAAGAAAUCCUCAACUCCACAAUUGACAGAUACUGCACCAGCAACAACAGGUUCCAAAACUGUCAAAGAAGAAAAGAAGAAAUAUAACAAGUUAGAGGAUGAAGGAGAUGAUCAAGUUCGUAUUGAGCUCUCCAUGGAGGACAAUGAAGAAGAGGAAAAAGAAGCAGAAGCAAAUCAGCAAGGUGGUCUUCAAUUCGUUGAUGACGACAAGAAAGAAGAAACCAAAUCUACUGCUGUUGCUGUUCAAGAAAAUAAUUCUCAAAAGAAGGAUGAAAUUAAGCCUGACUUUAGACUCAAAGAUAUUAACAUUACAGUGAAGCGUGGUGACUUGGUCGUCAUUGUAGGUCUAGUGGGCUCCGGAAAGUCCUCACUAUUAUCAGCUCUUAUUGGAGAAAUGUUCAAAGAGAAUGGAAAUUUGCAAGUUUCAGGCCAAGUUGCCUAUGUUCCUCAACAAGCUUGGAUUAGAAAUGCCACUGUUAGAGACAACAUUCUAUUUGGAAAACCAUUUAAUUCUGAACGAUAUCAACAAACAAUUGAAGCAUGCAGUCUAGAACAUGAUUUGGAAGUGUUGACUGCAGGAGAUUUGACUGAAAUUGGUGAAAAAGGAAUCAACAUUUCAGGUGGUCAAAAACAACGUGUCAACUUGGCUAGAGCCGUCUAUGCCGACGCAGAUGUGUACUUGUUUGAUGACGUACUCUCUGCACUGGAUCAACAUGUUGGACGAUCUGUAUUCCAGAAUUGCAUUUGUGGACUCUUACAAAACAAGACACGUGUGUUAGUGACCCACCAAUGGCAAUACCUCAAAGAUGCUGAUCAUAUUAUCAUCAUCCAGGAUGGUAAAAUUAUGGCUCAAGGAACUCACCAAGAAUUGGGUAGAAGUGACUCUCCAUUUUCCUCCAUGCUAAAAAGUUAUUUCAAAAUGGAACACGAAGAAGAAAAGGAAGAAGAAAAAGGAGAAGAAAAGGAAAAAGAUGGAAAAGCAGCAAAGAAGAAUAACGGUAAGCUCAUGAGUACAGAGGAUCGUGCCGAAGGAAGUGUGAAAUUCAGUGUCUACAAAUCCUAUGUUCAGUACGCAGGAGGAUAUUUCGUCUUUGGUAUCAUUUUACUGUUAUACAGCUUGACUCAAGCUUCGAAUAUGAUUACCAAUUGGUUCUUAGCUGAGUGGUCCAAUGUUGCCACCACUUCAUUACAACCAGACGAUGGUCGAGAUAGACCCACACAAUUCUUUGUCAAUCAAUGGUUAUCAAGUACUAGUGUCUUGCAAAGCAAUGGCGGUGGAAACAAUAAUCACGAUCUUGGAUACAAUUUACCCAUGUACAUUGGAAUUUAUAUUGGCUUGGGUGUUGGUGCUGCAAUUCUCACCUUUUUCCAAGAGUUGACUUUUGGUCUUUCAGGACUAAAAGCAUCGAAGCGAUUGCACAACAAGGCUCUCGAACGGAUCAUGAAUGCACCCACUGUGUUCUUUGAUACCAAUCCAGCAGGUCGUAUCAUUAACAGAUUUUCUAAAGAUACUGAGAGUAUUGACUCAUCUCUCAUUGGAACUUUGAAAAUGCUCAUGUCAUGUUUGUUCCAAGUGAUUGGUACUCUUCUCCUCAUUGGAUCUGUGAAUUACUUGUUCUUGAUUCCAAUAUUCCCAAUUCUUUUCAUUUACUAUUAUGUUCAGAAAUAUUAUAGAAGUACGAGUCGAGAAUUGAAGCGUUUGGAUUCCAUUAGUAGAAGUCCUCUUUUUGCUCAUUUUGGAGAGACAUUGACUGGUGUGGCCACUAUUCGAGCUUAUCGUAGACAAGAAGAUUUCAUGCGUGAGAAUGAAAAGCUUUUGGAUCGAAACAAUAGAGCUUACUUUGCUCAAUUGGUUUCUCAGAGAUGGCUUGCAUUCCGAUUGGAAUUAGUUGGAGCUAUGAUUGUUUUAUUUGCUGCCUUGUCAGGUGUCAUUGGAGGUUCUUCAUCGGCCAUGGCUGGUCUUACAUUGACCUAUGCCCUCAGUUUAACAAGUACUGCCUCAUGGUUGGUCCGAUGUGCCGUGGAAGCUGAGGCCGCUAUGAACUCUGUCGAAAGAGUCUUGUAUUAUUGUGAAGAAAUUCCUCAAGAAGCUCCAAAAUCCAUUGAGAGUACUAAACCUCCAGAAGAUUGGCCACAAAAGGGAGAAAUUGAGCUCAGAAAUGUCUAUCUUAAAUAUAGAGAAGAGCUAGAUUUUGUGUUGAGAGAUUUGAGUUUGCACAUUAAUCCAAGAGACAAGGUUGGAAUUAUUGGGCGUACAGGUUGUGGUAAAUCAACACUCAUGUUAGCCUUGUUCAGAAUUACAGAAAUUAGUCAAGGGCAAAUUAUCAUUGAUGGAGUGGAUGUUGGCCAAAUUGGUUUACAUGAUUUACGUAAAAAAUUGGCCAUCAUUCCGCAAGAUCCAGUUAUGUUUAGUGGAACUUUACGAUUCAACUUGGACCCAUUCAAUGAAUUUGAAGACUAUCAAAUUUGGCAAGCAUUGGAACGUGCUCAUAUCAAAGAGAAGGUUUUGAAUCUGGAAGGCCAACUCGACGCCAAAGUUGCCGAGUAUGGAGAAAACUUUUCAUUGGGAGAACGACAAUUAUUCUGUGUUGCAAGAGCAAUUUUAAGAAAGACCAAAAUUUUAAUUAUGGAUGAAGCCACUGCCAGUGUCGAUAUUCACACAGAUGCUCUCCUUCAACAAACUGUUCGUACAGAAUUUAGCGACCGAACUGUUCUAACAGUGGCUCACAGAUUGAACACCAUUAUUGACUCGGAUCGUAUUCUUGGCCUCAAAGCAGGAGAAGUGGCUGAAUUUGAUUCUCCAAAGAAUUUACUCACCCGACAAGAACCUUCCAUAUUUGCUUCAUUGAUUGAAGAAACUGGUAAAGCCAAUGCUUCUUAUCUCAAGUCCAUUGUCUUGGAGGGAAAGGAUUAUUUGGGUGAAUUGAAAAAGGCUGAGCAACAAGCUUCAGAGCAUGGACAUUGA